AUGCUAAGAACAUCAGCUGUUAGAGGGAGACCCCUAUGUCGUUUAUUCUCGCGUGAGGCCACCCCAAACGACAAGACUAUUAAGAAUUUAUUGCUGAACAGGGAUACAAAGGUCAUCAUCCAAGGAUUCACAGGUAAGCAAGCAACUUUCCAUGCAAAAAUUUCGCAAGAAUAUGGCACCAAUAUCGUUGGAGGUACCAAUCCAAAGAAGGCUGGUCAGACACAUUUGGGCCAACCUGUUUUCGCGACGGUCAAGGAUGCCAUGAAGGAAACGGGUGCCACAGCUAGUGGAAUCUUCGUUCCACCACCAAUUGCAGCCUCUGCUAUCAGGGAAGCGAUCGAAGCUGAGGUUCCAUUAGCUGUUUGCAUCACGGAGGGGAUCCCCCAGCACGAUAUGUUGUACGUCGCGGAAAUGCUGAAAUCACAAGACAAGACUAGAUUGGUUGGACCAAAUUGCCCAGGUAUUAUAAGUCCAGUAAAUCGGGUUAGAAUCGGUAUCCAACCCACCAAGAUCUUCCAACCAGGUAAAAUCGGUAUUGUAUCUAAAUCCGGAACUCUAACCUACGAGGCAGUUCAACAAACAACUCUAGCCGGCUUAGGCCAAACCAUGGUUAUUGGUAUUGGUGGAGAUGCUUUCCCUGGUACAGAUUUUAUUGACACUUUGAAAUUGUUCAUGGAAGAUCCAACUACAGAAGGUAUUAUCAUGCUAGGUGAAAUUGGUGGUAAAGCAGAAAUAGAAGCGGCUGAGUACUUGAAAGAAUUCAAUUUUUCAAGAUCGAAUCCAUUACCUGUUGCGUCGUUUAUUGCAGGUACUGUUGCCGGCCAAAUGAAGGGCGUCAGAAUGGGUCAUUCUGGUGCCAUCGUAGAAGGUUCAGGUACUGAUGCUGAAUCCAAAAAGAAAGCCCUAAGAGAAGUCGGUGUUGCAGUAGUUGAAUCGCCUGGUCAUCUUGGUAAAGCUUUACUGGACGAGUUUGCUAAGUUGAAAUAA